UCAUUCAGACGCAAAUGAUGUCUUUUAUGUCCAUUUCUUCUUCAACUUGUCCACUUUCUGAUGCAGUGUUGAGAUAAGCAAGAAUAAAAAUUAAUGGUUUUCACAAGCUUAUUGCUUUAGAUAUUGGGUAACCUUGUAGAUGGUAUAUUCUCUAAGGAUAUUUUGAUUUACUUUUUUACAUGUUCGUUUGAUAGAGACCUUAAUAAACUUAAUAUCUUUUUCUUCUUCUUCUAUAUCUUUCCUUGUCCCCAUGUGAUUUUUCUUUAUCCCCUUUUCUUGGAAUUUACAAGCUUAAGCAUCUACGGAGAGGAAAAAACCUGUGUGGAAAUCUUGUUACAAUCCACUCUGUAUUGAAAUUAUCUUCUUUGUAGUUUUCCUCGUAUCAAAGGACAAAGGUUAUUCCACCAUCUCUCUGGUAUCUGAGCAUAGUGGUGUUGAAGUUUGGAUGGCAGUAUCAGCUGAUUACCAAGUUAACUUUCCUGAAAGUGGUGAUCUUUACUCUAUACUAGCAGCUGAAGGGAUUGAGUUCCUUUUGUCGCAUAGUGGAGAGGUGCCGUUGGAAUAUAUCGACGGGAAGACGAUUUGUCUCUUCUUCUCUGCAAACUGGUGCAGGCCUUGCAAGGACUUCACUCCAGAGCUGGUAAAACUCUAUGAAAAUCUUCAGAACCGAGGAGAAGAACUCGAGAUCAUCUUUGUCUCAUUUGAUCAUGAUAUGACUUUAUUCUAUGAACACUUCUGGUGCAUGCCAUGGCUUGCAGUUCCCUUCAAUUUAAGCCUACUCAACAAAUUAAGGGACAAGUACAGAAUAUCUCGUAUACCGUCACUGGUUCCUCUGUAUUCAGAUGAUGUCUCGGUUGCUGAAGAUGUAAUUGGUCUAGUAGAAGACUAUGGUCCUGAGGCAUUUCCUUUCACUAAAAAGAGAUUAGAAGAACUCAAAGCCAUCGAUGAGUCCAAACGCGUUGGAGGACAGUUGGAAAAACUCCUAACACACGAGUCCCGAAAUUAUGUUGUUUCCAGAAAUGGAAGUAAGGUACCAGUUUCUAAACUUGUGGGAAAGACAAUAGGGUUGUACUUUGGUGCACACUGGUGUCCGCCUUUUAGGUCUUUCACUUCUCAGCUCAUAGAUGUGUACAAUGAGCUUGCAACCACAGAAAAAGGUUCCUUUGAAGUCAUCUUAGUGUCAACAGACAGAGACUCGAGAGAAUUUAACAUCAACAUGACCAACAUGCCAUGGCUUGCAAUACCUUAUGAGGACAGAACAAGACAAGAUCUUUGUAGAAUCUUCAACAUCAAACUCAUACCUGCACUGGUCAUCAUAGGACCGGAAGAGAAAACAGUGACCACAAACGCGAGAGAGAUGGUAUCGUUGUAUGGAUCCAGGAGUUUUCCGUUCACGGAAUCAAGGAUUGUUGAGUUAAAAGCUUGUUUGAAGAAAGAAGGUGAUUCGUUUCCAAGGAAAGUGAAGGAUAAGAAGCAUGAACAUGAGCUAAAGCUGGACAUGGCGAAAGCGUAUGUUUGUGAUUUCUGUAAGAAGCAAGGUAGGUUUUGGGCCUUUUCUUGCUAUGCUUGCGAUUAUGAUCUUCAUCCUACAUGCGUGGAAGAACAAGAAGCAUUGUUGGUUUAGCAAAAGAGAUAGUCGUCGUGAUUUGUCUGAAUGAUUUUGAUAAUUAGUAAACAAAGAUAAUAUGAUAUGUUCUGCAAGUCAGUGGACCUACCUACUAUAUUCUUCAUUUUUUUUUCUGUCGUCAAAACAGAGUUGGGAAUUAUUAGGAUCAAGAUUGUAAUAC